GGAACGGAGUCUUUCUCGUGCGACACCCGGUCUGCGGAGGCCGGGGCAUAACGUUGCACAUUGCAGGAACACUCAGAACAGUGGAUGAGCUAGACAAUGCUCUGACAUCCAUCCGCAUAAAUCCACAGUGGUUUAUCGCAUAAAUAUCGUAGUCUGUAUUGUGCAAGACGCAUCAUGUUUAUCGAUCCGAAACUCGCGCUCCGCUCCGCGUUUUCUAUAGCCCGCCAGCUUUAAGGGAACGACGGCAAGGAAAACAAACAGGUCGAUAGAAGAAAGAUAUCGGUUGCCGGUGGUCAGUCGGUCGGAUGCAGAGGUUAUCAAAAGUAAAAUCUCCUAUUUGCAUGUUGUAACGGUGCACCGGUCGCAGGUCCCGAACGUGCAAGUUCACGUUGUACAUGAACGCGGACCAAGUGGUGAAAUAUGUGGAUGCGCUCCAGAUCUGUGAAAAUGUCGCACGUUCGGCCCGUGAUAAUAUUCGCAGAGCGCAAGGUUUGUCCGGUCGCGUUUUGCUGUUUUUAAAGCGAAAUUACUGUUCAGCGUGAUUAUACUUUCAUUGAUAUAUGAACUAUGCAUACUCGGCGGCUGGUGAAGCGUUCGGUCAUCGGAAGCCGCGUAUACGCGCCGGGUUCACCGGGAGACGCGGCACCGCUCACGGGAGUCAUUCAGGCUGUCAAACAGGACAACAGAGAUGCUGCUACCGGUCACCGGCGAAACGUGUACACGGUGCUUAUGCAGGACGGGAGCUUAAAAGAGUACACGGAGGAAGAGAUCGCGCAGAUGACUGCGAAAGCGCCGUUAAAGUCCAGUUUGAAGCAGAGCACCUGUAACGGUGGCCAGCGGGACGGACCCAUGUCGGGUCAGAACGGAGGAGUUCAGAGGGGAGAGACGCCCUGCCUCAGCCCGGAGAGCGCAGACGAGUCACGGGUGCUGGAGCACAAGAGGACGGGUCGAGCGAUUGAGCAAGAGAAGGAAAGCACUCGCUCGGUUUCUCUACUGGAGCAGAAACGAAAGGUGGUCUCAUCCAGCAUCGAUGUACCACAGGCCAGGAAGUCAGAGGAGGAGUUGGAUAUGGACAAGGUGACAGCUGCCAUGGUGUUGACCAGCCUGUCCACAAGUCCGCUGGUACGAAGUCCUCCUGUAAAAGUCAAUGACGGUCUGAACGGUUCGUGGAAGGAUGGAGGCUUCACCCCAUCCAGCUAUAGCAGCAGUGGAUAUUGGAGCUGGAGCGCACCCAGCGACCAGUCGAACCCGUCCACACCAUCCCCGCCCCUGUCCGCUGACAGCUUCAAACCCUUCCGAAUGCCCAGCCUCAACGGGCCGUCCGACGACAACAUCGAUGAGCACGACGGGAACAGCCUGCUGUUCGACGAACCCAUCCCCCGAAAACGCAAGAACUCCAUGAAGGUGAUGUUCAAGUGUCUGUGGAAGAACUGUGGGAAGGUCUUGAGUACGGCUGCUGGGAUCCAGAGGCAUAUUCGAACCGUCCACCUUGGGCGUAAUUGUGAGUCCGAGUGCAGUGAUGGUGAGGAGGAUUUCUACUAUACAGAAAUUAAGCUGAACACCGACUCUGUGGCGGACGGUUUGAGCAGUCUGUCUCCUGUGUCCCCGUCUGUGCUGUCCUCUCCACCAGCUCUGGACCAGAGAUCACCGGACAGCACCAACGGCCUGAAGAACGAGAACAACCCCAGCACCCCUCUCAGUCGCUCUGCUCCCAGUGCACUCUACCUAGUGCACACAGACCACGCCUACCAGGCCACAGCCCCAGUCACCAUCCCCUCCACCAACUCCACCGGCUUUACACCAUCCAGCAGCAGUUUCAGUAUCUCCUGGCAGUCCCCACCCGUCACAUUCACUGGCACCUCCGCUUCACCCACUCACAGCCGGACUCAGGGCUUUGGUGAGCAACGCUCUCAGACCAUUGCAGUGAUCUCAUCUCCACCCAGAGCCGCAGGUUCCCUCAGUAGGAAGUCGCGAGGCGAGGGGAAGAAAUGUCGUAAAGUCUAUGGCAUGGAGAACAGGGACAUGUGGUGCACGGCCUGCCGCUGGAAGAAAGCCUGCCAGAGAUUUGUUGACUGAAACAGCUGUGAUAGCUGAGACGUAUUAACAGGGUGGGCUUCUCGUGCAUGCGUACCAUAAUAAAAAUUAAAAGCUUUCCUUCUCUUUGUUACUGACCACAGUCCCACCCUGCUUUAUCUUAAACCCAAAUGAAGCCGGAGGUCAAACCUCUCUUGAACCAACAGUCCCUCUCUCUCUUUCUUUAUGAAGUUUCUCUUGGAGACGUGAUGCGAAAAAAAUGAAAAACUUGUCUCUUUUGUUCGUGAAAUACUGCUUAUAAAGCAUUCCAGUCAAUGCCUGGAGGACCAACCUCUGUCCGAGGUCUUUUCAAAGAGUACAAAACUCUCUCGGAGACUUUGAGAGCACUAUGAAACCGAAUAGAAAAAUUUCUAUGUGUACAUUUUUCUCCUACCCAUUUUAUUUAAGGUUAAGGGUCGGACAGCCUAAAAAUCCUGCUUCUCUGUCUCUUCAAGAAUGUAACACCACAGGGAUUUGUUUUAGGAUUUGUAAGGUUGAGUGGACGUCUCCCCUGAGUGGGAAUUCAUCAAUGCAAAAAAUGAAGGUAUGGCAAGCAAAAUGGAUCGAAAAAGACUUUCAGCCGCCACUUUCGGUCGUGCCGUCACAAGCAAUUACAUCUACGAUGGAGGGAUUUUAUAUCUCUGCUUUUAUAUCAACAGGACGCUUCUUUCAGGGAUGUGAAAGCAAAACCAGCAGUUAGAUUUAACAGCCGAGGGUUUUUGUCACAGGAAUAUAUCUUCUUGCUACCAAAAAGGUUUUUUUUUAACGUGCCAAUUUUUUGCUUCAUGUAUAACUGACGUUAUUGCAUUUAUUGAACUUCAUCGGCACAUCAGACUCUUCCGGCGGAGAAGCAAACUCAUUCAUAAGCGAGCCAUACGUGAGCUCACGGGUUCACGCUGCAGUCUGCUGCCUAAAUAUGAGUCGACCGACUACAGAAACUCUGCCAAACGCUUCGUUUACCUCCUGUAGGUGAAGAGAUCUUCCUCACCUUUGAUUUUGACCUCAACGGCUCAAGUAGGAAGGAAUAAAAACAGCAGAUGCCACGUCAUCGGCCAGACAAGCUGAAAAUCGCAUCUUUUUGUUAUUUGUCUGUGGUUUUGUGUAACGGGACGGCUCACUGGUCACAUAAGGAUGGGCAUCUUUUGGUCAGAAUGUUUUCACGGCUUCGGUUUGAUCCCAGAACAGAUCCGAAAGGAAUUACGGCAGCUCGCUCUUCAGUUUUCUGGCUCUGAUACAGUAAAUUAUAAUGGCUCAGUUUCUGUUUUGUCAUCCCAUGAUUCUACUUGCACUUGAUAUGUUUAUAAAGAUUUAUAGUCAUGGUUGCUCCAAAGCUAAAAGUGACGCUUCCAACAACUUGUGUUUAAUUGUUAACUAGUCCGAGAGCAUUUUUAUGAUGAAAUGAUAUAUCACAACCUUUAUGCAUUAUGCAGUUAUUAAAGCUGAGGUGUGUAAUUCAUCUUCAACAAAUCCAACUACGAAAAUAAUGACAGGAUUUCUCUCCAUCUGGCAAACAAACCAGAUAGUCCCAAACCAAAUUUACAUCACCGUUGCCACAUUAGGAUGCUGGGUCAAUGAGUGCAAUGUUUCGAUAGCAUCACUGUGUUUACUCUUUUUAUAGAAAUGAAACUUCAAAAUAACUCUGAAUAUUAAAGUGAUUAAACUAUUACACACUUCAGCUUUGCAUCAGAAGACAUUUUAUGUGUGAAAACUGCCAUUGGUCUUCUAUGCUAAAAAUCCACAAACCACACGCUUCAUGUUUAUACACCAUCAAUAACAAGACUAAGCUAAGGUCAAACCCCACACCAGCACCCAAAACGUUUGUAAUCUUCCACCAGAGAUAAAGGGAUGUGUUUUCGGAUGAUCAGCUGCCGCCUCCCUUCAUUCCCUUCCUGGUGCUACCACAGCUUGUGAGAUAUCUCGUGGCGUUUUGGGUAAAAGCUGAUGAACCUUCCUACAGUUUACACUUGGGUGUCCAUUCUGGGAAACUUAUUCCAUCACGUUUCCAUGUGUGGAAAUUGAAGUAAUUUUUGGGAUCAAGUAUCGGGUGCUAUUGGAAUAACCCAGAAUAUCUUUUUUUCUAUAUGCUCUUGCCUCUGAGUUGGCGAUUUUACCGUAAAUACGUGUGAUUACAGUAGCGACCGUUUGAGUAAUGAUAUCACCAUUGUGUUACCAUGGUGCUCACCAUAUCUAUUGGCUGUAGUUUUAUUAGCUGGCGGCAUCUUUACAUCACGGGCUGCCAUUUUUCUUCUCGUUUUAUAUAACAUGAAAAUAUAAGGCGCGUAUCAAGCUACAGCAUGAAUAUGUUCGCCACGCUUAUUGAAUUAUAUCGCCAACUUUCUUCCACUGGUUAAAUGAUAUAUAACUUACCUACAGUGCUUAUGUAAGCCACCUGGUUAACACUAUAUAGAAGUAGUGCUGAAUGCUCAUGAAUACCAGCUUUGGUCAAGGUCGCAUAGUUAGGCAGUACUGAAUACACCGAGAUUAACUGUUAGCUGUCAGUAGUCUCUUCUGGUUCUGUGUUAACAUACAGUAUAGGCCAUAACCAAGAUAUUACUUCUUAUAUUACUCAACGUCUAACUGUAUUAACUGUUAAGGUAAAGGUGAACUUGUGUACAGAUUCUGGAGAACAGAACAAAGAUGUUUCCCCGUUGGACACCAGGAUAGAGAUGUAUUUCUUGACAUUUAAAGACAAAAAACUCUCGCCAUCUGUUGUUCUCAUGCAGCGAUGUAAAGAAAAUUGGAAGGGGUAUUGAUCAGAGACACGUAUCUGUGCAGAUGUGUUGGUCGAUAGGUCCCAACACGAGGCUGAACAUUUACUGCCUUUACAUCGAGCGAGAGUCCUUCAUGUAACUGCCAGAUGGCAGAUGGACCACUCGCUAGUCGUCUUAUGUAACUGUGUGUAGUUGUGUCCGUUUGUGCAUCCAGCCAUAAACAGCAAGCGGGAAGGACAUUGACGGUGCGGAAAAAAUGUUACGUCUGCAGAUAAGACUCGACGAGUGGAAACGUCAAGAUUUUGUUGUAUUUUAUUUGUUAUUCAUCUAAACAAGAACUUGGUCUCUAUCAGAGAGCUUUUAAUCACGGCUGUCAUCAUCACUGUGUCUUGUAAAAGGCACGCCGGUGUUGACUGCAUUCUGCAAUGCAUACUUACAACAAAACAGCUGGCGGGUCCCGGUAGCGCGUGGUCAGGGCCAGAGAAGGGACCUGAAAUGCUUUUGUUGUUUAUCCGUGGAGGGGGGGAAUCUCUCCAAACUUUUUCAGGAAUGUAUUUGUAUGAGGAAUACCGGAGUUUGACUGUGCCUUGGUGAGGUCUGAUGCUGUGCACAGAGAUGCACAGAAAAAGCAAAGGAAUGUUUUCGGUGUCGGCUUGUCUGAGUUCAUUUCGUCGGAGUUAAGGCGUUUUUUACUUUCGGCAGAUAUAAGGUCUAGCGUUCGCUUCUUAAGGGAAGGCGGUGGGCGUCUUUUUUCCCAGUUGUCCUUCCUAAACGACUUUCAGCUACAAUUGUGUAGUUGUUUUUCUCUGUCGUUUUCAUCUCCGGGUUUGGGGAAGCUUUUAUUCAAAAUGAUUACGGCUGAGUUUUUAAAGAAACUUUUUCUUACAAGAUAGUUAAACAGUGAGAUCAUUCAUUAUUCUCAGAGACUAAAACUUCAGCCUAACAGAACAGAUCAAGAAUGAAAGCUAAAAAUCUUGCUGUUAUAAAUUACUAGCUUGGUCCUAACCGCAGACAGCAGAUAACUCCGGGCCGGAUCCGCACCGGACCUACGCCGAAAUCAACAGCUCCGGUGCGGAUCCGUCCCGGAUUCGUCUGAUGUCUCCAAGUUUAUGAAAUCACCUCCAAUGGGUUUCAGGAAAAAAAUAUAAUGGACACGUUAGCUUUGUUUCUAAACCUAGCAUGCUAUGUUUUGCUCGUUGUUGAAAGAUUGGAAGAUAUCUUGAACAGGGCGCUCUAGGCUGAUCAGAUAUAUAAACUUAAAGUAGGAUUUGUUAAUGUCAAGGUCUAUUGGAAUCAGUUCUACAUUUCAGGAUGUUUACAAUUGUACAUUUUGGUUAGGAUUUUGCAAGCUGUCUAUGUAAAGGGCAACACAGCAUGCUAUGGUUUUUCAACAGAGCUGUCGAUUAGAUACGAUUAUACGUUUGUUUAAUCUGGCACGAGACGGUUGUGCUCAUCGCUCUGAAUGGAUUAUCUCACUGCUGAUCGUUGUCAAUCAAAAACCAUGUUAACCUCAAGAACUCAAAGACUGUCGCACUGGAUUUUUACACUUUUUCAAGUAUUUGCUGAUCUAAGUGUAUUUUUUAAUACUGCAUGUGCAUGCCGAUGGAAAAAAAGAAAAAAUAGAUGAAUUUCUGAAUGUCGUUGGUGAUGUUUUAUCCGUGUAAACCGACACAGGGCAGGUAGGCUGCUGUUACUAUAUGACUUGCAAAAACCUUCAUCCUGACUUCCGUUCAUUUCUAACAUCCAGUUUCAGCAUUGGGAAUAGUCUUACAUUUAAUAGUGUGGAUUCUGACGCAAAGGUCUUUUUUUCCUCAUGGGUUUUCACCACUUUCUGAACCGAUACGACUUUCUUUUAAAAAAGUCAUGCGAGUGGUAUAGCUGAAGCGAUCCGGAUGACUCGAGUAUGAAUGUACAGAGGUUAGCACACGAGUCUUGAGUCAUUUUAUGGUCCCAUUUUCAGUCAUAACAGCUUGUGUGCUUUGACUAAAUCAAAAAGAAAGUCAACAGGGGUUUAGACUGACAUGAGGUUGGGAACAACUGAACUUUUUGUGUGCACUGUUUCUUUAAGAGAGAGCUAAGAAAGCCAAAAGUGUGUGUGGUUUCUUUUAGACUUGCUCUAUACUUAGCAUCAUGUGCACACAUCCGUUGAUUUUAUAGACCGUUGCGCAGGGUCGACCGCCCUAAAAACAAACACAUGCUGAUGAUAAUAGGAACAGCGUCUGACCUCGGUAGCAGAUGAUAUUGGCAUAAUAACAAAGCAUAAGACUAAAUGGAGGGACCUGUUGAACUGAAGGACCAAUACAAGUCAGUCCAGACUGUGCUUUUUUAACGUUUUUUUUUUUUUUUUUUGACAUUCCUGGUUUGAGAAAUAUGUUUUCUGAUGUCGAGUGAGGACGUCUGAUGCGUCAAGAGAAACUCAGGAUGUCUUCAUCUUUGCAUGCCGCUGCUAGCAGACGCAGCAGUUAAGUUGUGAAGCCAUAAAAGAAAAGAGGUGUUUGGGUGACCCAUGCCAUUUACCAAAAUAAUAACGUCCCCAAAUUCCACAUAUAUCAUUUGACCAUUGAGCAAUGUUUAGAGUAUAUUACUGUGUUUUAUUCAUUAUUGCACAUUGAUGUAUUUCAAAGCUGUUGAUGGAAGAAGGUACCCGUUUAUGCCAAUGUGAAGGACAAACUCUUGUAGAUAGAGCAAGUUAAAAACUAUAUUACAGAUUUCAAGGGGAUAUCUGCUCUCAAAUCAUGUUGCAAAUACACAUGUUUAAUAUUACACGAUUUACUUGCCACUGGCAUUAGCACAAAAAUCCAAAGAUUUUUCAAAUUCGACAUCUAACAUGACAGGAAAGAGCAAGACAUUUAAUUUUGGCCAAUUUGUGAGAUGGCACUGUGAAAAAUUAAACCCCACAAGUUUCUAUUUUUAGCACGUAGAUGUCUUUGUCAUUGCUUGUAAUCCCAGCGCGGUUUAACCUCUGUAUCGCAUCCCUCAAACCUUUCUUCAACAUCAACCCAUUAUAAUGCAAUGAAGAAAGAUUUCAGGAGCAGAUUUUUGUGGUGUUGUAUUGCUGCUGAAAGCUUGUAACCGGCAACACUUGACUCUUAAUGAAAUGAAAGAAAUGUAGCCCUGUUGUUAAACGGUGUCAAGCAUCAGCAGAGAUGAGGGCCUUAAUUAAAAGAUAUUUUCAAGGCUUUAUGCCACUAUAGUUUGUCGUCGUGUCUGGUCUGUUCACUCGGAUACAAUUAUGCAAUUUUAUGCUUUAGUGUACAGGCUCAUAUGGCAACAUAUAUAAAUCAUAGUAAGAUUGAAAGAAGUUAUUUUUACACCAUGCAUUUACUGUGCACACACUUGUCUUGACUGUGGAGCGUAGAGGGAGCUGAAAUGAUAUGACAUUAUCUUAUACUGCAAUACAUUAACUGAAAGCACUUGGCUAUGUGUAUAUUUGUGUCUUACCACGUUUAUCUAAUUGCACCGUUUUGUUCCCUUUAUUUCAUUUUUUUUUCUCAAAAAGAUUUUCAUCUCCUAAGGGAGGAAACACUCGGUGACUGUUAUUCUUCUUCUUCUUCUUAUCUCCCUUACUGGCUGUAUUAGUUUUUACUCUGAGCUGUGUGUAAAUAGAAACUGCCAUUGUAAUUGUGCUACAGUGACAAUGUUUGGUGCUUGUCAGUGCCGCUGUUGUUUAUAUUGGUGUGAAACCUUUCUAAGGUGCCUGUGUUACUAUGAGCUCCUGGUUUAUUGUCACAGAAAAAUAAAGUUUUUCGGCAGCUGUUUA